UUGGGGUGGCCUAAGUGUGGCAGAUAUUGGCACCAGUGUGUCAGGCUGAAGAGAUCACCAAGGAGCCAAAUGUUAGGUGUCCAGGUGUGACCAGAAUAUGUACCAGGGAGGAGCCUUGGCUACUCUGGCCAACAAUCUUUGGGGAAGCUAUGCACCCGAGUUUUACUACUGAAUCUCACUAGUGGGACUUAAUAGGGUCUAAUUCCACUGCUAUGAAUGAAGUACAAAUAUAUGCCUCAAAAUUAUUCCUCUAAGGUCACCUAAGUGUCAUAGAAAAGUGAGACAGAAAAGCUUGGAAAUCACCACAGCAGCAGUGAUCCUGUUAAAAACUAAGUCAGAUGGGGACAACCUGUUCAAAAUUCUCUAGUGCUUUCUAGCCCUGCAUACCCAGAGCCAGAGGCCCUAGGCCCAUGGGUCCGCCUCGGCACACCUCCUAUGCCCCAGUCUUAUUUCUCACAUCCCAUUUAUUUUUCCAGGCUCUUUCCACUGGCCACAUUGGUCUUCUGUGGAAUCUCACUUGGGGUCAGCACACGUCUGUAAGAAGCCAGUCCUAUCUGUUUGCUUUUCCGAAUUUUUGCUGCGCUGACUCAGCCUUACUGUGCACUGCAACAUGUAAGUGAACAAGCAUGGCUGGAGUUAUUCUACCACAGGCCAGAGUCUGGCUGCAUUCUGAUGGCCCCUGCUGUAACUCACCAGCUAUGUGACUUAGUCCUCUGUGCCUGUUGUUCCCUCCACACACACCUAGCUCUCUCACCUCCUCCAGGUCUUUACAUAACUGCUCCCAGCUUUGGGAACCCUGCCUAGGCCACAUCAGCAACGCCACCCUGCCAAUCUUGUCUCUGCUCUUUAAACACUUUCUAAACCACAUCUUUUGUUCAACACGCGUUUUGUGCCGUCCCCCAAUGCCAUGCCCAUCAACCAAAAUAUAAACCAGAUAAGGACAGAGUAUUGUCCUUUUCCCUAUGGUAUUCCCAGCUGCCCAGCACAUCACAGGCACUCAACAAGUACUGAUUGAAUAAGUCAAGGUUAUCACAAAAUUUAGGGGGUAUUAAUAAAGGAGCCAUUUCAAAAAUAAUAUCCCAAGUAUACCCUAACACAGGACGUAAGUUCCCAAUAUCCAGGAACCCCUGGUCACUGGAUUAUGUCACAAUUGGUGAUGUCAUCACUGGGCAAAUUCUCAAGCUGUCCACUGAUUUAGGCCUUUCAGGCCUUGUAGCCAGCAGGACUGGGAACUUCCUGAGAGCAGCAUGGCUCUGGACAGCAUGUGGGCUCCACAGGCAGCAGACAUAGGAGAUGGGCCUGCCAAGAAAGCCAAUGACCAGGCUUCCCUGCAGACACAGGCCCUCCAGACUGCCUCCCUAAAGGAUGGCCCUGCAAAGCGGGCACUGUGGGUCCGCCGAGACACUACCAAGUCAGAAAAGUCUGUGAAAUCAAGCGAGUCAAAGGUCAGGUCCAAGCUGAAGGUGACCAAAGCAGUGGUUGUGGACCUUGGCACUGGCUUCUGUAAAUGUGGUUUUGCUGGCCUGCCAAAGCCCACCCACAAGAUCUCAACAAUAGUGGGUAAGCCCUACAUGGAGACAGCCAAGACCGGGGAUAAUCGCAAAGAGACAUUCGUGGGGUAUGAGCUCCUCAACCCAGAGAUUCAUCUCAAGCUUGUCAACCCCCUGCGACAUGGCAUCAUUGUAGACUGGGAUACAGUGCAGGAUAUCUGGGAGUACCUCUUCCGACAGGAGAUGAAGAUUGCCCCAGAGGAGCAUGCAGUCUUGGUUUCAGACCCACCUCUGAGCCCACACACCAACAGGGAAAAGUACGCCGAGAUGCUGUUUGAAACCUUCAACACCCCAGCGAUGCAUAUAGCCUAUCAGUCCCGUCUGUCUAUGUACUCUUAUGGGCGGACCUCCGGCCUGGUGGUGGAGGUUGGCCAUGGUGUGUCCUAUGUGGUCCCCAUCUACGAGGGUUAUCCUUUGCCUAGCAUCACGGGGAGGCUGGACUAUGCAGGCUCUGACCUGACAGCCUACUUAAUGAGCCUGAUGAACAGCUCAGGGAAAUAUCUCACGGAGGACCAGAUCAACAUUGUGGAGGACAUCAAGACGAAAUGCUGCUUCGUAGCCCUGGACCCCAUUGAAGAGAAGAAAGUCUCUCACUUUGAACAUGAGAUCCAGUACAUUCUGCCUGAUGGGAAAGAGAUCCUCCUGGGCCAAGAAAGGUUCCUCUGCUCAGAGAUGUUCUUCAAGCCGUCUCUGAUCAAGUCCAUGCAGCUGGGUCUCCACACCCAGACCAUGUCCUGCCUCAACAAGUGUGACAUCGCACUCAAACGAGACCUCAUGGGGAAUAUCCUGCUCUGUGGGGGCAGUACUAUGCUCAGGGGUUUCCCUAACCGUCUGCAGAAGGAACUGAGCAGCAUGUGUCCCAACGACACUCCACAGGUAAACGUGCUGCCCGAGAGAGACACCACAGUGUGGACUGGUGGCUCUAUCCUGGCCUCACUUCAGGGCUUCCAACCACUGUGGGUCCACCGCUUUGAGUAUGAGGAACACGGGCCUUUCUUCCUCUACAGAAAGUGCUUCUGAACUGAAGAGGCACAGUCACUGUGGUGGCAAUAAGUCAGCUUUGCUGGGCAAGUGCCCAUC